AUGUCUAUGGAACGAGACUUUUCCAAUGAUAAUGAAGCGUUCACGGGCAUGUUCCCUAUCCACCGCGCUUGUCGUGAUGGAGAUGUUGGAGCUUUGCUGUCACUGGACCAGCAUCACACUCAUCUAACAACCGAGGACUCCUGCUACGGUUGGACCCCCAUUCACUGGGCUGCUCACUGCGGACAGUUGGAGUGUGUCAUACGCCUGGUGCAGAUGGGUUGCGACGUGAACACGGUCUCAAGUCACUUCAAGCAGACCCCAAUACACACAGCUGCGCUCGGUGGGCAUCCUCGCUGUGUUUUGUGGCUGUCGCAGGCUGGUGCAGAUGUCAACCGGCAGGAUUUGGUAGGGGAAGCGCCCAUCCACAAGGCUGCCAGGGCAGCCUCCAUGGAGUCCAUCCAAGUUCUGCUGAUAGCGGGUGCCAAAUUGCACUUAACGAACACCAGCGGGCAGACCGCAGCUGACCUGGCGCGCACUCACGGUUCCGACGACUGCCUGCGCCUCAUCGCCAACUUGCAGGGUCACCUGCGGCAGCUCGGUGAGCUCCAGGGCAACGGAGAAAAGCGUGGCAGCGGCCCCGUCCGUGGUCCUGGUCUGCUCUGUCGGAAAAGGCUGCAGUCCGCUUUUGAGAAUGGUCAAACAAAGAAACCAAGGAGAGAUGUGUUCCAGCAGAUGCAGCAUUUUGAACCUGAAGACAGCAUGGAAUCCGACUGUGGAGCAAUUUGUACUGCAGUCACUGACAGUGUCCAUCCACCCUCGCCUGUUGACCACGAUGAUGACGAACCAAUGAGAAGCGAUGAAAUUUCCACACGGCUGUCUUGGCAACAGGCAGGUUCUCCAUCCACUCAGCGCCACUCGGCGGACAUGUGCGGCUCGCUGCAUCUGACAGGAAGUCCCAACGGCUGCGUGUCCCAUCGGCCUGAGUUGGAGAAACUACAAGGAGCCGAUUGCGGCGACUUCCUACUUUAUGGACAUCACCACGGCUUUGGGGACACAGCGGAGGAGUUGUCUGACCACAUGUGAACAAAGUCCUUUCAAAAUGCGGAAGGUGCCAUGUGUCUCUGCGAGUACUCAUAAGCCUAAAAGCCUUUUGAUACUUUCUCACAGAUUGUCACAUUUCCCCCUAAAUAUUCAUUCAUUC